GGCAGUAGCACACGCUUCCGCGUUCUCCCCACUCUUUAUUUCCACACUCUUUUUCUCUGUUUUUCUUUGUGUUCAGACGAAGGCUGUGCCACCACCUCUGACAAAAAGUAUGAAACUUCGCGGCACCUAAGAAAAAUUAGACCACAAACAUUCCGACCAGAACAAAAUCUAAUUGCCAGAAAUGGGGUUUCUGUUCCUGCCCAUGAUUCGAUCAGUCCCACAAUUCAUCAGUUUCGCCACCUUUCUUGUCUUUGUGCUUUCUUGCACCACCAGCUUCAUUGCAACAGAAGCGUAUGAUCCACUCGACCCGAACGGAAAUAUCACCAUCAAAUGGGAUAUCAUAAGCUGGACUGCUGAUGGCUAUGUUGCUGCUGUUACACUUUUUAACUUCCAAAAGUAUCGGCACAUUCAGGCACCGGGAUGGUCGCUAGGGUGGACAUGGGCAAAGAAGGAGGUUAUAUGGAACAUGGUGGGAGGACAAGCCACAGAGCAAGGGGAUUGUUCAAGAUUCAAAACAACACUCCCCCAUUGCUGUAAGAAGACUCCUACAGUUGUUGAUCUAUUGCCCGGAACUCCUUACAAUCAACAAUACACAAAUUGUUGCAAAGGAGGGGUACUUAGUUCAUGGGUGCAAGAUCCAGAAAAGGCUGUAGGUUCUUUUCAAAUAAGCGUUGGUCAAGCAGGAACCACAAACAAGACCGUCAGACUGCCUAAAAACUUCACCCUGAACACACCCGGUCCUGGGUAUACUUGUGCUCGUGCCAAAGUCGUCAAACCAACUAAAUUUAUCAGUCCAGAUAAAAGGAGAGUCACUCAAGCUAUGAUGACAUGGAAUGUGACGUGCACAUAUUCGCAAAUACUGGCUCAGAAAACUCCUACAUGUUGUGUCUCACUCUCAUCGUUCUACAAUGACACUAUAGUGCCCUGCCCAAAAUGCUCAUGCGAUUGCCAGAGAAACACAACUCAUCCAGGAAGCUGUGUAGAACCAGAUUCCCCCUACUUGGCUUCAGUUGUCUCAGCCUCCAACAAGAACAGCUACACACCUCUAGUUAGAUGCACUAAGCACAUGUGCCCAAUCCGAGUGCACUGGCAUGUCAAGGUAAACUACAAACAAUACUGGCGAGUGAAGGUUACAGUUACAAACUUCAAUUACAGGAUGAAUUAUUCCGAUUGGAACAUGGUUGUCCAACACCCAAACUUUGACAAUCUGACCCAGAGUUUCAGCUACAACUACAAGUCGAUAACUCCUUAUGCGACAAUAAAUGAUACUGGCAUGUUAUGGGGAAUUAAGUUCUACAAUGAUAUUCUGAUGCAAGCUGGGCCUCUUGGUAAUGUACAGUCAGAGCUGCUUUUCCGAAAGGAUGAAGCAACUUUUACAUUUGAUAAGGGUUGGGCGUUCCCUCGAAGGGUCUAUUUCAAUGGUGAUAACUGUGUGAUGCCACCUCCAGAUGCCUAUCCAUGGUUGCCAAAUUCUGGUUUCCGGCAGUAUGUCUCUCUGCUCACUCUAAUCAUGACUUGUCUAUCGACCAUUGCAGUCAUGUAUGCUUAUGCUUAAUCUAAGCUCGAAAAUGUUCCGAUCAAUGAUUUUCAAAGGGUAUAGUUUAGAUAGGAAUAUAUGGAAGCCACUAGAUGUUCUGAUGCGUUAUGAUCAGUGUUCCCGGCAUGAAAUUAGAUGGAGUCAAAUGUGCUGCUGAUGUUCAUUUUUUGUAUUACUGUAAAGGGUAGGUUGCUUCUGGCUUGUGUUGUAUGAAUGUUCAUAUCGCCAGACCCUCUUGCUUGUAGAGUUACCAGAUUAUGUAGUCAUGAUGGUAAAUCCGAAACGAGCAAUAAAAUCUGAUGAGUUUAUCUGUU